AUGGGUUUGCGAUGCUCGAAACAGCGUCACAAACCUCGGAUCGCCAAAUCCCAAAUUCCUUGGCUUUUGCGUGGUGCUAUCCGCAGCAACAAUGUUGAGACAUUGCAGUACCUUUUUAGCUACCCGAAUAAGGUUGAUCCUAGCAUGGUAAUUGAUGGUGUUUGUCCACUGAAUCUGGCCAUCGAAUUGGGCCAUCUACAAAUGGUAAAAAUUCUGAUCAAAGCUGGUGCCAACAUUCACGCGGAAGGUGCCCCGCGCUAUCCCCUUCAUCAAGCUGCUCUGUUUGGGCGUGGUCCGGUGGUCGAACUAUUAAUUCGCUCUGGUGCCUCAGUAUCUGCGCUAACCGAGAAACGGCAAUCCUGUCUGCAUUUAAUCUCACAUCAGUCUGCCGAACGGUUUUUAGAGACUGCACACAUUCUGAUGCAACACAACACGAACCCGAACACUUUGGAUGACGACGGCUUAGCUCCACUGCAUCGGGCCUCUUCGGAAAUGGUCAUGGUGCUAGUCUCGUACGAUGUGACAGAUAUAAAUAUUUGUAGCCGCGAUGGAGACACUCCACUGCUCACUGCUGUCAAGGACCGGCGCGAUUCAGUGGUACUCGCGUUGUUACGCUCGGACCAACAGUAUCGCGAACAGCGAUUGUGUGCUAAGUCGGACACAUUGCAACCGCCUCAAUCAAGUGAACCGAAGCAGCUGAAUUGUCAGGCUUCCGAAACUCCCCAUCGCACCGUUCGGACGGGAUCCUCCAAGUCUUCGAAUUCCGCGCCAUCGCGAACCACUCUCGCCUGGACUAACAGUGUCAUGUUUCGCACACCUGCCAUCAGUAGCUGCAGUGUCAAGCGCGCUUCUUCCGCUGCAUCGGUGAACUUGCGUUCGAUCGGUCGUAAGUCCAACCUCAUACUCUCACGAGAUCAGCGAUCUCAACUUUUUUGCACCCAACGCCACAAACUGCAAGACAAUCCACGCGGAUCACCUCUUCACCAGAUCUUAGGCGGCGCCAUUGAUCUAGAGGGACUAUCGAAUAAUCGUUCGCGGUUCACUCUUUUGAAUGCUAAGCGAUUCCGAAUGCGAUCGGCGGACGGCGCCGAAUUCACCGUUUCUCCGACGGCGCCUUCCAGCUGCAAUGGAGGCUCACACUUAUAUGGCACUUCUCUCAACCCAGAUAACUGUCAGAGAUGUCAUAGUUUUGGAAAUCCAAGCGAUGUGAGUGGUUGGUGGCAAAGCUGUGACCGUUUGCAACGUCUACUGUCCAAAGCGGCUCCAUCCAUUCAAGGUGUCAGUCUGCCCCGCCCCUCUCCUCGACAUUCGCAAGUUGUCGCCGCUGACACAGUCCCUAUUCCUUUGAGGCCAUUUUUGGACCUGAAUCGACCAGACAAGAUUGGCAUGACUCCCUUGAUGAUCGCUACGGAGGCAGGUAACAGCGGGCUGAACAUGACGGUCGCUCUGGUUAACGCAGGAUGCAAUGUGGCCGUGACUGACAAGGUUGGCAUGACCGCGCUGCAUCACGCUUGCUAUGUGGGUUCCCUCAACGUUGUUCGGUUCCUGUUGGAACGCGUGUUGCCUUGCACCGGUUCCAGCACUAAUUUUGACUCCAUGAUGAAGGUCGCCAACACAUCGGUACCUCCGAGCACCAAUGGUGGUGGCGGUCGUGUGGUGAUUCCGGAACUACUCGAUUCACAGGACAAAUACGGACGGACACCAAUUUACUUGGCCGCUUGUCGAGGUCACACGGAGGUCGUCAACUACCUUCUGAGUCAUUCAACAGAUUUUCAUAUCCCGAACAAAGAGCACAAAUCCCCACUGUAUAUCAGUGCUUAUUUUGGAUACCUGGAGAUUGCAAAUGCUUUGCUCCGUCAUGGGGCUAUGGCCGCGGUGACUCACCACGCUAUUAAUUGAUGCACACUGCCUACCUUGUGUCUUUGUUUUCUCGUUUUCCGUCAAAUCCCUCUACCUUUACAUCAUGGUGUACGCUGGAACCGACCGAGAAUGUAUUCUUUCGGAAGGUUUAGUAUACAAAUCGAUUUUUGCUUAGGACUGUACCGCGCAACUACCUGGUCUGAGAAAGUUUUUGCUUCCAG